AUGUAUAGUUCACAAAAAAUGAGCAAUAUAUUAACAAAAGAUAUAUCCAUGCGUGUAUCUUAUACCAACUUUGGCUGUUAUAUGCAUACACAAAUAAAAAUAAAGAUUAUUCAAUCUCAUAUGCGCAUCCAUGAUAAUACUUACACUUCUAAAGUUACUUGUUAUGUUAUAUCUUAUAAUUUAUUGUAUAUGCCCCUUUAUAUAGGAGUACUCUAUAUUAUUUCUUCUGUUUUGACAAAACGCAAUAACAUUACUAUAUUCUAUGCCAUGUUAUUUAUUCCAUUACACGCAUCCAAUAACAAUAUAAUCCGAAAAUUUACACUAAAAAUCUUGCUCUAUGUAUCGUAA